GAAGAAGGAGGGAGGGGACAUGAGGAAGGGUCAGACAGAGAGUGCAGUGUUGUAGCACAGAUGAACACGCAGGUGUAGCAGACGCAGAGAGAAGGAACCGAGAGGUUAGACUCACAGUCUUUUCUUGGACAUCUAGCCCAAGGAGGGACGCUGUGAGGACGCCUGGCAAAGUGAUGGAGCUCGAAGGCAAGAGGUCACGGUUACUCAGGAUGGACGAGCAGGACAGAGUAAGCCAAGCAUCCAGCGUGGCCACCAUCUCCUACUUCCCUGUCAUAAGGGAGAGCGAUGGAAAGGUGCAAACAUUUGGGAAAAGAUGCCAGUCGGCCAAAAGAGACCCCAACUGUCUUGUGGUCAUCAGAGGAUGGCUCAAUAAAAAAGACAGCACUGGGUUGAAAUUAUGGAAGAGACGAUGGUUUGUCCUCUCCAACUACUGCUUGUUCUAUUACAAAGACAGCAGAGAAGAAUCGGUGUUGGGCAGCAUUCCGCUCCCGAGUUACAAAAUCCUAUUUUGCACGCCGCGAGAAUGCAAAAACAGGAAGUUCACGUUCAAGGUGGUGCACCAGGGAAUGCGCUCGUAUUAUUUCAGCGCAGACACUCAGGAGGACAUGUUGGGUUGGGUCCGGGCACUAAGUCAAUCCGCUUGCAUGGAGACGGACAGUUCUAUGAGCAGACGCUGCUCAAGUUACCAAGAUUUCACUCAGAUGCGUGGCAGCAGUGAAUCAAUGGACCUCCAAAAAUCUCCCUCAGAUGAAGAGGGCUUGUCCCAAAAUCCCAGACAUGUCAGCAGAACUCUGAGUGAACCGAGCCAGCUCAGCGGCGGGAGGAUUGGGACGUCCAGUGCAGAGCAGAGGGGAAGGAGGAGCGUACAUCAGAGGAACAGAAGCCCCAGAACUCCGAGCCCUUGGAGUCCAAACCGCGAGGAGGAUUCCCUUCCCUUUGGCGCGGACCACAUGGGAGCAACGACGCAUGCGGAAGUCUUGGGAACAGGUUCCUCGGCCUCCAGAGGUCAGCUGGGGUCACGCCCUCACACGCCGGUGGGAAGGGUUGACAUCCGACCCCAGGAUAACCCCGCUAUGGGGCCGGACACGCUGCACUACACGCCUGUCUCGCCUAAAAUCGAGUCCAAGUCCAAUCCCGGCACUCCACUCCCAGAGAGGUGGCAGAAUGUAAACAAGCCUUCACCGACAUAUGGAUCCGUGCAUCAUGUUGGGCGAAGACCUCUGGGAAAGAGCUACUCUGCUGGGGCCCACACAGACUCAUUGCCCCCUUUACCCCCCUCAUCCAGAGCUGGACAUGCACAGCACCCGCCUAACCAUCACUUCCCUAACGGCAGUGGCUCCACAUUGCACGUGCCUUCAAAGUCUGAAUCGACACCAGCAAUCAGGCCCAUUGAAAGUGAUGUUGAUGCUGUGCUCACGAGGUUGUGCGGCUGCGACAAGCUCCUGCAGUCUUUGUCCGUAGAACUGUCUCAUCUACAAAUGGAUAAGGACAGCGUGCAGUGUGCUUUGGAGGUGUUGAGGCUGCAGCUGGAAGACUGGGGUAGCCAGGGACUACGAGCCCAGGAGGAGGCCAUGAACCAGAAGGCCUUGCUGCAAGAAGAGCUGGUCACAACCCGGGCCAGAAUGUGCGACGUGUCGUUGGAAAUGGAGCGAGUGUGGAGUCAGUAUGAGAGAAUGGAAAGUGAACUCUCUGUUUUUCGCUCACACAUGCAGCACAUUUGCAACUUUGGGAUGCCGCAGGAGCAGUCUCAAGCCCAGAGAGAGUUAUGGAUGAUGGAGGACAUCCUCGCCGGAUUAAAGGUCAACAGGGAUCACUUCCGCUUCCUCCUGGGACUACAGAGACACCACAUGUUCGAGUCCUCAGGGCCUCAUCCUGGAUCUCCUGGUUCUCCCAAAGAGAUGCCACAUGGUCUGCCAUUAAAUGUGGAAGAAGAACCACCUCGCCGCCCCCCUUUACCACAGGACCUGCAGCAACGCAUCCAGAGCAGGAACCAGGACCAAGGCUGGACAGAGUCACCAUAUGAGGGGAUCUACUUGCUCGCUGAUCACAUGAAAAGAAGAGGCAAAAGCCAACCUGACCUCCUUAAUGCAAAAGCACACAAGGAUGCAUCUGCAUCUCAGUCGAGUGCUAAAUGGAUCACAGCAGACACAACAGCCCAGUCAACCAAGAAGAUGAAGAUGAGUGAGGAGGAGCAGAUGGAGAGGAUGAGGAGGAACCAGGAGAGGAUGACUAAUAGGAAGAAACCUCCUAUACCAUCAGCAGCUGCAAAGGGUCAAAGUUUGGAAACAGAAGAGGAGGCCCCUUUUCCUUUAAGGGUGACACGAGUCGUCACCGCCGUGCUGCCGUCCUCCCUUGUGGCUCGGCGGGUUUCCGUGGAGGAUCCCCCGCCCGAGCUCCACACCCCGCUGCCUGAGCAGGUCUCACCUGAAGUCCAGGGCCAAAAACACAAACCAUCUGUCAGGCGUCUUGUGAUGGAGCCUGCUGCUUCUAAAGAGGCGUCAAGGAUCCACGGUUGUGACAAAAGUACUAGCACUGAAAUCAAGGCGGACGAACGGACCUCUGUCCUGCUGACAUCUGACAUUGAACCGGAUCCCUGUAUGAGCCCCGAGCAGCGCGAGGCCAAACUCAGGCGUGUGGAACGAAUACGGCAGCGAGUCAUGCAAAGUGCACUCAGAGAAAGUGCCACAUCACCAAUCAAAGGAGAGGGGCUUCUUCAUGACACACCUGGAACGCAAAGAGCCACAUCAGAUCAUGACACUAACUGCCAUUCAAAGACCUUCAGAAGUUCCCUGAGCUAUGUGUCUGCAGAACUGACAUCUGAAGAUAAAGAUAAACAACAUCCAUUAAAGCCGGGGCGUAAAACACAGCACAAAAGUUACACGCACACCAAAACUAAACGGCCACCAUCGCCACAUCACAUCUCGUCCAUGACGGUCUACCAGAAAGAUGGAAACAAAGGCUUUGUGGGCUACCAGGAAGGUGAGAAGCAGGAGAAGAAUGAUGAUGAAGAAGGGAGUAUUUUAUCAUCUGAUCUAAGAUCCAAGUGGUUCCUCUCUACCAACCACCACCAUGAAUUCCUACCUUUGCACAUUCAAGACGUCUGUUGUGAGGAGAUCCCAGGCAAAGAGGACCAACCUGUUUGUCGUGAUGAUGGCAACGUGAUGUCCUCCACGGUCAGUCAGAGCUUAGAGAAAAUGAAAGAAAACCACUCGCUAUUCUAUAAGAUCGCUUGCGACAUCAGCAUCUCGGACACGGACAUCACCAGGAACGAAUCCGGCACGUCCCCUCAGUUGGAAGACCAAGAGGAGCUGGUCAUAACGGAAUGUGAAGUUGGAAGAAGGUCUGACCAGGAGAGCAAGGACUGCGGCCAAGGGAUGCCAGAUGCAAACCAUCACUCAAACGGCCACAACAUAAAUGAUGCGCUCAAGCUGAGCAUUAAAGAAAGCAAACCUCCUGAUCAAGUCUUGGAAUGUGACCAAGAGGAGAACGGUGGGACCAAAGUGCCACGCAAGAACAAGGGUGUCAAUCGAAGAGCCACCUUCCAAAAUGCAAAGGUCACCGUUUUAAGGACCAGUUUGUAGAGAACAACUUUAAAUCAGAAGACUUAAAAUGCUAAAGUAGUGUAUCAAUUCAGCUUUCAACCCACAUGGCAAUGACAUUAUGACUGCACUGCAACCAUAUUUUUUGGGAACAGGUUCCUUUUUGCUAACAAUGAUGUGACGUCGUCCCCAUGUGACUAACAACGAGACAACUCUGUGCGCAACAACUCGCAUAACCAAUUCUACUACGACUUCAAAGAGACUCUGAUUUCUUGUGUGUGUUCGCCAACAUCUUUCUGUAUUGACGUGUAGCGCAGGACGACGGACUUUAUAGGCUUUUAUUUUCCUUCUUCUAUAGUACGUGUCCGGUGCCACUGUGUGUUUACAACACCACACUUAGGUGUGGCAUUACAUUGUUUUCUCCCGUCUGGACGGGAGCAAUACUUGAGUAUCGGACACAUAUAUAAACGAGUGCUGUCAAAUGAUUAAUUCAUCAGAUUAAUCACACUUUUGAAUUUGUAUUAAUCACAGGUUAUUACUCGCUUGCAUUUUUAAAGAUUUGCCUUAAAGCAGUGGUUCUCAACCUGUGAACAUUUUUUUAAUUCAAGUACCCCCUAAUCAGAACAAAGCAUUUUUGGUUGAAAAAAAGAGAUAAAGAAGUAAAAAACAGCACUAUGUCAUCAGUUUCUGAUUUAUUAAAUUGUAUAACAGUGCAAAAUAUUGCUAAUUUGAAGUGGUCUUUCUUGAACUAUUUGGGAAAAAAAGAUAUAAAAAUAACUAAUAACUUGUUGAAAAAUAAACAAGUGAUUCAAUUAUAAAUAAAGAUUUCUACACAUAGAAGUAAUCAUCAACUUAAAGUGCCCUCUUUGGGGAUUGUAAUAGAGAUCCAUCUGGAUUCAUGAACUUAAUUCUAAACAUUGCUUCACAAAAAGAGAAAUAUUUAACAUCAAUAUUUAUCUGUCAACCCUGAAUAUUGCAUUGUUGCAUUUCUUUUCACAGUUUAUGAACUUACAUUAAUAUUUUGUUGAAGUAUUAUUCAAUAAAUGUAUUUAUGAAGGAUUUUUGAAUUGUUGCUAUUUUUGGAAAAAUCUCACGUACUCCUUGGCAUACUUCUGGUACCCCCAGGGGUAAGCGUACCCCCAUUUGAGAACCACUGCCUUAAAGGACCUAAGUAUUUGGGCGCAAAUGCAAUUUUAUUGUCAAAAUGUUAAGCAGGAAAACAAUUAAAAUGUGUUACUUGAA